AUGGACAACGUAACCGACCCUGCUUUACUUGCCGAGAUUGAAGACCUCCGCGACGAAAUCGCUCUCAAGGAGGCGAUCCUCCAGAGCUUGGAUGAGAACAACCUCGACAACAGCGAGGACGAGGAACUCAAACAUACUACACAGAAAGAGCUCAGAGGCCUGCAGAAACAUAUCCGGGGUCUUCUUGCUACCUCAAAGCGAGAACAUAACGACGGUCUGCCUCACAGGAUUUUGGAUCAAAGUUCCGAGAGUGCAACCGCCCAACGUUCCGGCAGCCAACACUCGCACGAUGCACAGCUACAAGGGUCUGGUCUCUCAAGCCAUCUCAUGCCCCCGCCUCAUCAUGAACUGGUGAACCGCAAGCGCUACAGACAAGACAGCCUCGACAAUGGGAGACCGGAAUCAUCCAAAUCUCGACGAACAAGUCCUAGUCCUGGCUCAGCCCACACUGCCGCUCCCUCACCCACUGCCUCCUCUGCUAGUCUAAGCAGUCUCGAUGAUCCAUUUGCCGACCCACUCUUUCGCGGCUUCUCAAGGGAUGAGGUCGUGCAGAAUCAGGAUUACUGGAAAAGACGCGAACACCAAAAGCAGCAGGAGGAAAACGAUGCCAGACUUGCCCAGCAGCUCUCUCAGGAAUGGUCUCAGGAUUCUGGCCCGGAUGUGACACAACCCAUUGCCCCGCGUCAAUCUGAGUAUACCCAGUCCUUUUUCAAAACGGACGGCAGUAUCAAUCGACUUCCUGCAAGCCAGCCUUCAUUCUCCCAAGACAUAACUCGACCAUUACCACCUGUGAAGCCGGAACCCUUGACUAGUACCACUCAACUGCUGACUUCUGCUGCAUUCGAGGCCACGGGCUCCAAAGCCAGUCCUGGCUUUACCUCUACGACGGCCAUGCCUGGCGCUUUUCCCACCGGGUUCCCCCAUGGGCAGCCUAUGGAAGCAUUGGUGGUAGCCAACGACGACGAAAAGAAUCCGUCCUCUGGCAACGGCCGACCGAAGCAAUCUCUGGCGGAUCCUUCGUUCUCAACCCCCUAUGGGAAUGUGACAUACGGGGGGUAUGACUCGUAUGGGGCAUACGGGCCAUACACGUCAUACGGAUACCGAGACGAGGCUCAAACUCAAGAACAGUUGAAAGAGCUUUUACAGCACAUUAGACCUGAUGAAGAGCUCACUGCAGACCACAUUCCACAACAGCCUCCAGGCCUCAAGGCGACUCUUAUGCCUCACCAGCUUAGCGGCCUCGCAUGGAUGAAGCGGAUGGAAGAAGGCACCAAUAAAGGUGGCAUUCUAGCAGACGAUAUGGGUCUCGGCAAGACUCUACAGAGCAUCGCCUUGAUGCUAGAGCGUCCGCCAGCAGAUAACAAGCCUUGUCCUACUCUUGUCGUGGCACCUGUAGCACUGAUGCAUCAAUGGAAACGGGAAAUCGAGAAGAUGGUUCGUCCACGAUACCGUUUGAAUGUCUUCAUCCUCCAUGGAGAGAGUCGCAAAAUUACAUGGACCGCUCUCAAGGCCUAUGACGUGGUUCUCACGACAUACGGAUUGCUUACAUCGGAGCUGAAACGCAAGCUGGCACUGGAUGAAAAGGCUAAGAAAUUGAAGGACUGGCAGCCGUCCGUCGCCGAAGACUGCCCUAUCCUUGGAGACAGAUCGAAAUUCCACCGUGUGAUUCUUGACGAAGCACAAAACAUCAAAAACAGGAAUGCGAAGUCUGCCCUUGCUGCUUGUCGCAUUCAGGCAGAGCAUCGCUGGGCUCUUACUGGGACACCAAUGCAGAACUCUACCGAGGAAAUCUUCAGUCUCAUCAAGUUCACUCGGAUCCCACCUUAUAACAACUGGGAGCAUUUCAGGAAGAGAAUCGGUGCCCCACUCAGAGGCAGAUAUGAGAAUGAUAAGGACGUAGCCAUGAAAGCACUUCAGGCGCUACUCCGGGCUAUCCUGUUGAGGCGAACAAAGCAGUCGAAGAUACAUGGUCAACCCAUUCUCCAACUCCCUCCCAAAGAGACUAGAGAGGAUCGAGUUGCGUUCGACAAGGAUCAACUUGACUUCUACAAAGCUCUGGAAACAAGUGCUCAGAUUCAGGUGAACAAAUAUUUACAGAAAGGGACUCUCGGCCGAAAUUACUCUCACGCCUUGGUCCUCCUCCUUCGCCUUCGUCAAGCCUGCUGUCACCCGGCCCUUGUUAUUGCCAGCAAAGACUUUAUCCAACUCCCAGGUGGAGAGCUGGAUACUGAUGCACUCAUCCGCAAUGCAGAGCAACUCGACGCAAAGGUUGUUGCACGGCUCAAGGAACUGGAUGCCUACGAAUGUCCGAUCUGUUUCGACGUCACAGAAAACCCUUCGGUGUUCUUUUGCGGGCAUGCCAUAUGUGGGGAUUGUCUCAAUCAGCUCGUCGACCAAGCCAGCAACGACAACAACGGUGGACCUCCGGUUUGCCCCCAAUGUAGGGCGAGGAUUGACGUCAACAAUGUCACGGACUAUACUAGUUUCCUUCGCGUCCACUGUCCAGAUCGGGUGGAAGGCCAGGAGCGGAAGGAAGAUAACGCCGACUCUAACGCUGAUUCUGACUCCGAUGACGACAGCAGCGAUGACUCCGAUGAGGGUGACGACCUCGACGGUUUCGUUGUGUACGACGAUGUCGAGGACGACUCCGAGGACGAGGAGAAUGAAAACUCGAAGAAACGAUCGUCGAAAUCCAAGUCCAAGAAAGGCAAGGAGCGGUCUAGGUCGAGAUCAAGGCCGCGAACCAGAGAACCACUCAAAAGCCUUGCACAACUUCGGAAGGAAGGUCUGCGCAACAAGGCUGCUAAACGGCAGUAUUUGAAACGCCUCAAAAAGAAUUUCCAUCCUUCUGCCAAAAUCACGCGUACUGUUGAGCUGCUGGAGGAAAUCAAAAAUAGUGGAGAGAACGAGAAAACCAUCAUCUUCUCCAACUUCACGUCAUUUCUCGAUCUGGUGGAAUUACCUCUGUGGAAACACAAAGACUUCUCCAAGUACGUACGUUAUGACGGUUCUAUGAGCGCCAAAGACCGCAACGACGCAGUGCUCGAAUUCACCGAUAACCCCAACUGCAAGGUGAUCCUGGUCAGUUUGAAAGCUGGAAAUGCAGGCUUGAACCUGACUGUGGCAAAUCAUGUCAUUAUGCUUGAUCCAUUCUGGAAUCCAUUUGUCGAGUAUCAAGCUGCGGACCGGUGUUAUCGGAUCGGGCAAACGAAAAACGUCACCAUCCACCGAGUUCUCAUUGGUGAAGGAGAUUCUAAGGCCGUCGUCGACCCUUCGGGCUUCACGGUGGAAGAUCGUAUUCUGCAGCUGCAAGAGCGCAAACGCGACCUAGUUGAAACAGCCCUUGACGAGACGGCUGGUCGUGAGGUGUCCAGACUCGGUGUGCGGGAAUUGGGCUAUCUGUUCGGCCUCAACGCCCUCUAA